UAAAAAGAAGAUAUGAAAGGGAAGGUCAUAUUGUAUGUGAUGUUGCCGCCAUUAAGUAGCGAUUACCAUAUUGUCACUUAUAAGGUGAUGCCUCGCUCACAAAGCGCACACGCAAUAGUAAACGCUGGAUUUAUGUACAAACUAGAUGGAGGAGGUACAGUUAAGCAGUGCAGGAUUGUCUACGGCGGAUUGUCACCGGUUUUCAUCAAAGCCUCAUCAACUAAAUCAUAUUUAAUUGGAAAGAAUCUCUUUACCAAUGAAACAUUGCAAGGUGCUUUGAAUGUUUUGGAACACGAGAUAGUGGUGACGAAUAGUCCACCAGAGCCCUCCGUGGAGUACAGAAAACAGCUGGCUUUAGGCUUGUUUUAUAAAAGUGUUCUGUCUCUAUGCCCAACAAACAUACUCGGAUCUCAGUACCGAUCCGGGGCGACCAAGAUUCACGAAACACGACCGGUGUCAGAAUCUCGGCAAGUGUUUGACACUAAUACUGAUUUGUGGCCUCUAAACCAACCGAUACCUAAGGUCGAUGCAUUGGUACAAUGUGCUGGGGAAGCGAAGUAUGUAGAUGAUAUUCCAACCAUAACCGAUGAAGUACACGCAGCGUUAGUUCUCAGCACCGUCGCUGUAGGAGAUAUUGUGGACAUAGAUGCAAGUGCCGCUCUAGAAAUGCCAGGAGUAAUUGCAUUUUACUCUGCAAAAGAUAUACCUGGACAGAACACAUUCACGCCAACUGGGUUUACAUUGUAUUUGGCUGAUGAGGAAAUAUUUUGCAGCGGAAAAGUCAAAUAUUACAACCAACCAAUUGGCAUGAUCGUUGCUGAAACCCCAUCCAUUGCAAAACGAGCUGCAAAACUAGUCCAGGCUACUUAUAGGAAUGUCAAAAAGCCAAUUCUUGAUAUAAAAGAUGCUAAAAAAGACUCUAAAAGAAACACUUCAUAUUUGUCCGUUCAAGCUGCAACCAAAGGGUCUGAUAUAAAGAAAGUGAUCAAAGGAGAAAAUGUAAUUUACGCACAAUACCAUUACAUGAUGGAAACGCUGGCAUGCGUAACGACACCGACAGAGGAAGGACUGGCUCUGUACCUGACAACGCAUUGGAUCGAUGGCACUCAGAUGGUUUUAUCAAGAGCAUUGAACUUAAAAUGCAAUAAGAUAGAUAUUCACGUGCGGCGUCUAGGAGGAUCAUUUGGCUUCAAAAUAUCUCGAAGCAUGCUCAUUGCUGUUGCGAGCAGCUUAGCCACGUUGAAGCUGAACAAACCGUGUCGGCUAAUACAACCUAUGACUAGCAAUAUGAGGGCCCUAGGCAAGAGAUUCCCAUGCUCUACAGACUUCCAGGUUGCAGUGAAUAACGAUGGAGUUAUCCAAUACAUGGACUACUUCCUCUAUGAAGACAAUGGGCAUAUAAUCAACGAGAAACUUUCGCUACUUGGUGCCGAAUCGUAUAACAACUGCUACGACAGCUCAAAAUGGAAUGUCGAUUGUUACGACACCAUCACCGAUACUGCGAAAACCACAUGGUGCAGAGCACCAGGUACACUAGAAAAUAUUGCAAUGAUCGAACAGGUCAUGGAACAAAUUUCUUACGAGAUGAACUUAGAUCCGCUGGAAGUUAGAUUAGCAAACUUGGAUACAGUCAACUACGGUGACUUAAAAGAAAUGGCUACAACUCUGACUACAACUGCCGACUACAGUCAGCGAAAAUUGGCCGUCAAAGAAUUCAAUUCUCAAAACAGAUGGAAGAAACGUGGUCUAGGAAUAACUAUGAUGAGAUGGACUCCUUUGGAUACAUAUUUUGACGUCACUGUUUCAGUUUUCCACGAGGAUGGAAGUGUGGUAAUCAUUCAUGGUGGUAUAGAUAUGGGCCAAGGUCUGAAUACUAAAGCUGUGCAAAUUUGCGCUUACAUACUCAAAAUUCCUAUAGAAAAAAUACAAAUAAAAGCAACCAAUUCUAACUUCACGCCAAACAACCUUAUAUCUGGCGCUAGUAUCACUUCUCAAAAUAUUGGGAUUGGUGUAACAAAGUGUUGUGAAGAACUGUUACUGAGAUUGGCUCCAGUCAAAACUACGUUGGUCAAUCCGACCUGGGAAGAACUAAUAGCAACCGCAUUUGCACAGAAUAUAGAAUUACAAGUUCACACAUUCGUUAAUAUAGCCGAUGCUAUUCAGUAUAAUAUAUUCGGUGUGGCUAUAGCAGAAACUGAAGUGGACGUGUUGACGGGAGAGAUGGAGAUUCGCAGAGUAGACAUACUGCAGGACGUGGGACAGAGCGUUAGUCCUGAGAUUGAUAUCGGCCAAGUGGAAGGUGCUUUCAUGAUGGGCUUGGGAUACUGGACCUGUGAGAAUUUAGUUUAUGACAAAAACUCAGGGGAGUUGCUGACAGAUCGCUCCUGGCACUAUGCGGUGCCAUUAGCAAGAGAUAUCCCGCAGGACUUCAGGGUGUCUUUUCUGAAGAAUUCCUACAGUAACAAAAAUAUCCUUGGAUCUAAAGGUACUGGGGAGCCGUCUAUAUGUUUGGCGGUAGUGCUGCCCUUCUCUAUCAGGGCAGCAAUCGCAGCGGCGCGAGAAGACUCCGGGAUACUUACCACUAACUGGUUUCAUAUUGAGGGUCCAUACACGGUGGAGAAAAUAUGUUUAGCGAGCAAGAGCAAGAUUGAAGAUUUUAAACUUUACUGAAAUAAAAAAAUAUUGUGUGAUCUA